AGUAAAAGUAUAUGCUCUAGCAAUAGACGAGUACUCUGGUUUCCGAUCUGAUCUUAUUUCAAACAGAAUGCGAGCACAGAACAAACAUAUUUGACUUAUCCGUACCUAGUGGGGAAUAUUGUUUUAUUUAGUUUUUUACAAACUUAACUUUUCCAUAACUUUCAAAAAUGUUUUUCACGGUGAAAGCUGGGAUGUAUAUUUGUAUUUUGAUUAUUGGAUACCUGUCCUUUGCUGUCGCCGAUUGUACGUUUCCUGAAAAUGUGACUGGGCUUUGGCAUAGUGCAGACCGCGGCGAGAUAACAUUUAACGCAACCUCCAUAUUUGGAUUCAAUGUAGGGGUUCCUGGUCUAACAACAAUGGAUUUUAAUUGUAUAGAUCAAUCCGGAUCUACCUAUCUUCUACAAGGUGUAGAAUUCAUAAACAUAUUUGGGAAAAUCACGCGGUUUUUUCUCUGUUUGGAGAUGACGAAAGUGAAUGAUGACGUCUUCUAUUACUACGUUGGAACUGAAUUCGACAAUUUUCUGAACGACUACCUCUUCGGCAGAAUCGAUGAGAUAGCCACGAUAACGCAGGCUUGUAAUAGACCAACGCCUUACGAGACGGCUACUUACAUAAUGCUUAUAAGAGACGGAUCCAUAGAAAAUAAGACGGCUGUAAUCGUAUGUCCCGACCCCAUACUGGCAGUGUUUGAGAAUGUGACGAUAUCACAUGGCGGGUCAAGUCAAUCAUGCGCCAGUAGCACACUUGACGUCUGUUCGGAUAGAACGCAGAUGAACUUCACCCUCAAGGACCCCGCAUGCGUCGCCCCAUUAUCGCCAUAUUCAUCUGCUGACCAGUUCACGUGCGUACACUAUUUGAAAGUCGAAAAUACGAUUUACUUGUCUGCAUGGAACUUAGAUUCCGCAAUUACCGAACCGACAACAUAUCAGUUUGUGUGUUUCGCUCUGCAGCAAAUAGGAGACGUUGUGUAUGCUACAGAGACACCGAAUUUCUGUACCAAUACCACCACUGAGACCUCACCUGGUACCAAUAGAGCGGGUACUGUAGGGAACUCCAUGACUUUCACCUCAACUUCAGCAACCUGUUUGACUGUUUUGAAUGUUACAACUGAGGCACCAGUUGUUCAGGAUCUGACUCCAUUAUACGCCUUGUUGGCACUUCCACUCUGGCUUCUUCUGUCCCUCCUGAUACUCCUGGCAAUAAUUCUCUUCCGGAAGUUCGGCUGUAUCUGCAUGAAAAUCAAAUGUCCAAAACGAAAACCGAAACCGAGGCCUGAAACCCCGGAUAUGGAUGUGAGUCGCGGUGAGACAAAUCCCAAACAAGCGUUCUCAAUGAGAAGCGAUGUAUACUUCAAGCAGAAUGGAAUGAACAUAUCUCUCUUCCGACCAAAGAAGGCACUGAAGAUAUUCCCAAUGUUUGAUGCCUCUUGGGACCCAAGUGCUCUCCCCUUCAUUCUGCCUCUGCCAAAAGUGGAGCCAAUAUACAAUGAUCCUUUAGACAUUUACAUGAGAGACCGUUUGCCACGCCGGAAGUCAGCUCUAAGUCUCUAUAGUUUCGAUGCUGUAUUUGUAGGAAAUGGCAACGGUACCGUUACCCACAAAUAGUCUCAUUAAUAUGCAUGUCACUGUACAAUAGUUCAAAAACGUCAAUCCACCAAGAAUAUUGUUACAUCAAACUUAACACUUAUUUUUAGUAAAAUUCUUGUCUUCAAUAUAACAUUUAAGAUAUGCAUUGAAAGCCACUGGACUGAUAAUGAUUAUGUACAACAGUCAAACUUGUAUUGAGAGACCACCCAUUCGGGAGUCUAAAGAUCUCUCUUAAUUGAGGUGGUAGCAUGAGCAGUUUUCAGAUUAUGUCUAUUACACAAUAGCAUUACGUCAUAAUGCAAAAUUCUUCGACAAUUUAGUUAUACGAAAGUAUAUACGUAUACACGAUAUUAACAUACUGAUGUUCCACUUUGGGAUGACUUCUGUUUACAUUUUAGCAUUUUUCGUCUCUGUUUGAUGAUACAACUGAAAGCUAUUUCACGAAAAUCUAGAUUUUUUAUCUGGAAGUUCACAUUACAGCAAUUCCUAACAUGUUUUAUUGUAAUGCUUUUUCAAAUGGUGUAAGGGAUUUAAUUUUUUAAUUCUCUACGUAUUUAAAGGCAUAUUGAGGCAGUACUCAACUUUAAAACAUGGUUUAGUAUAAUCGUCCCUGACCAAAUGCACAUAUCAUCAAAUAUAGAUUUCAAUAUAGAUUUAUCGAUAAAAACAAUGGCAUAUAUGAUAAUUUCUUACAUCAAUUAGGCUCCCUAUUUAUUCUUAAGUAGAUUAGAUAUUAGAGCAGGUGUAUACAAUUUUGAGCAAGUGUGAUGCAUGACAGAGAUGAUUGUUGAUGAAAUUGAAUGCAAUUAAUAAUUUUUUACAUUUCUUUUACAUGUCUUAGAAUAGUUCACCCAAUCAAUAUUUUGUUAUUUAACUCAUUGAGCGAUUAUUUUCUCUUAUUUUUCAUUUCAUGAAUAUUUAAUUGAUAAAUCGUUUCAAAUGAACUGGGCUGCAGGAAAUCACUCAAUUCCUCCAUAAAACGUGAUUUUUUGUGUUUGUGUCAUACUCUAUUUCUGUCAUUUCAUCAGUCUAUUUGCAUUGUUGUUAUCAUACGGUAUGUUUGGUGCUUGAGAUAGAGUGAACAGAUUAAUGUCUUCAGUUUACACGAACCAUGAAUCAUUUAUAUGUAUAUCACUUUCAUGGUUAAAGCCGCAACAUAUACUUUUGUUAAUUUUUACUUUUUCGUUUCAACAUUAUGCUUUAAUAUUUUUUUGUAAGGGGUUGAAAUGGAAAAUAAGAUAUGCAUUAGCUAUUUAUUUUAGUAUUAGCGAUUUGUUUGUUUUCACAAUCAGCCAAUGCAAAACAGGUAUUUCGCGAAAUAUUAAGUUUUUAAUUUUGCAAAAUUGAAAAGUAAACUCUUUGUAAAUUGAUAUUUAAAACUCUCUUUAUAUGAAAGUGUAAAGGAAAUGAGUUCAAAUGCAUAAUCUUGAUAGUAGUGUUUCAACGUGGUGUUAGAUCAUUAAAGUGGUGAACCAUGAAAUAUAUAUUCAUUGAUAUCAAUAAACGAAAGAUAUGUAGUGUUCAUUCGGAAAGCACAGUUUUUUCAUGAUAUAUGAAUAUUCAUAUGAUCAUUCUUUAUAUGUGCUUGUAACUACAUGUAAUUGAUUAAGUCGUGUAUAAAUAAUAUUCAUUUAGAUUCUUUUUAUAGACAAUAGCCUCUAUAUUAUUUAUAACUAUUCAAAUGGGGAUUCAGGUUAAAGCUCACUUGGUUUCUAUCUGAUAAAAUAAUUACGGUAUAGAAAACAAUUACAACAUUUAAAAACAUUAUUAUUUGAUAAAGAUUCGAAUGUUAUUGUAUAAUUUAAACUAUACCAUAAUUUGAACUAUACCAUAUUCAGGUUUAACUUAUUGUUGCGUUAUCUGUUAUGCUAUAUUGCUUUCAUAUGAUGAAAUAUAUUGUUUGAUUUUUGUCUGAGAAUAGUAUUUAAAGUAUCCAAACCGAAGUAUUUCACGUGCUAUUGUAUUGUAAAAAAUGUGGAUAGGACCCAUUAUAAUGUUUUUGUGAAUUAAACUGUACGUGGUUUAAUUAAAAUCUGUGAUAUUCCUUACAAAGCUGUGAUAUGUUAUAAAAAAUAUAAACUUUAUUUAUUUUACAACAAUUAUGAAACAAGUUAUGUCAACUUAUAUCAAUCACUCUUGUUGGCCCGGAUGUUAGCGCGCGGGGGGUCUUAGUGUUUCACGUCCGUUAGGGGAAUCGAACCACGGCCGCCUUGGUGAAAGGCAAGUGCGAUAUCCACUGCACCACCCGACCCCCCUAACAAGGAUGUUAAUGUUGAGGAUUUACUAUUGUUCUGGGGUCACCUCGGUUAAGAUUGGUUAUUACGUUCGUAUUGACUUUUAAGAUAAAGGGUACUAACAAGUUAAAGUACAUCAUUACUGACGUCACUAGAAUAGAAUAUUCGUUAAAGUCCUUUUCAAAGAAACAUUUAAUAAAGUCACAUGCUCCCAUGUAUUUGACGUUAUUGUAGUUGUUCGAAAUUUUAGUAUUUGAAAAAAAGAAAAUAAAGAAGAAAACAAAUAAACACAAUGUAUCAUUAUAUUUGUCUAUUUCAUUAUCUUUUUAAAAUACAUAAGUUUUCUCCUAACUUGGUGUUAGUACAUAUGUAUGAAAGUUAUUUUCUUUCAUGUCCAAUACAGAAUGUAAGUGUUUUUGUCAAUGAUGCAUUCUUUUAGAAUUGUUAGUGAACAUGAAAAAACAGUGGAAUGCCGAUUAUCAAAGCACUGAAUAUCAGAAAAAUCAAAAUUAUCCAAACCUCGAUCGUGUCCUACAAUAUAUAGCAUGCUUUAAUACUACAAGACAAGUUAUCUAAACUAUCAAUAUGUAUCCUGCUGGGUUCGAUUAUUCAGCUCUAUACUGUGCAUAUUGUUAUGUUAUACAUGAAUGU